GGGUGUUUCCAUCUGGGACUGCUGGAUGGAUGCAUAUUAGAAUAUCAUUACAGUCCCAGCUGCACCUCCAUGCUUUACACCGGAGACCAAUAAUGAAGGCAAACAGUCAAGCGCUCAAAAACAGAUCCUCACAUGACACCGAGAGGGAAUUUGGAGGAACCCUGGGUGCCUUAUGCAUACCCAUCUUUCUUCCGCUGACGGUGCUGUUCCUGAUCUCUGUGAGUCGAUCCCCUGAGGCCAGUGUGCUCCAGUUGCCCCCUCCCCUCCCCUCUACUGAGCAGCUGUGGGACCCUCUGGCCCUCGUGCUUCUUCUGGGUUGGAUCGCUCUGCAUGCCCUCCUCUAUGUGAUGCCAUUAGGAAAGGUGUCUGAAGGAUUAGUGCUGAGGGAUGGAACACGUCUCAAGUACCCCAUAAAUGGUUUUCACAGCCUGUGCAUCAGCGGUGUGUUGCUGAUGUUGUUAGUGGGGCUCGGGGCUCCUCUGGGGUGUCUGUUUGAGCUGCUGGUGCCUCUGGCAGUGUGUGCAAUAGCAGUGUCAUUCCUGUUCUCCGUCUACCUCUAUAUCCGCUCCUUUUGGGUUCCUUCUCAUGCUCUCGCUUUGGGGGGCAACACAGGAAAUCCCCUGUAUGACUUCUUCAUCGGUCGGGAGCUAAACCCCCGGAUUGCAAAGUUUGACCUUAAAUAUUUCUGUGAGCUCAGACCGGGUCUGAUUGGCUGGGUGGUCAUAAACCUUGGCAUGCUGAUGAAGGAGGUGGAGCUUCGAGGUUCCCCGUCGCUCGCCAUGAUGCUGGUCAACAGUUUCCAGCUGCUGUAUGUGGCAGAUGCUCUGUGGAAUGAGGAGGCUGUUCUGACAACCAUGGACAUUGUGCAUGAUGGUUUUGGCUUCAUGCUGGUCUUUGGGGACCUGGCCUGGGUUCCCUUCACAUACGGCCUGCAGGCUGCCUUCUUGGUUGUGCACCCACAGGCCCUAAGUUCACUCGGAGCAGCAACUAUAAUAACACUGAAUGGUAUCGGAUAUUAUGUUUUCAGAAAAUCCAACUCACAGAAGAACCAGUUCAGAAGAGACCCUACACACCCAAGUGUUGCAAGACUAGAGACCAUCGCCACAGCAACAGGGAAACGGCUGCUUGUGUCUGGCUGGUGGGGUCUCGUUCGUCAUCCCAACUACUUCGGUGACCUCCUCAUGGCCCUGGCGUGGUCUCUGCCGUGUGGAUUCUCACAUAUUCUGCCUUACUUCUAUGUCAUAUAUUUCACCGUCUUGCUGAUUCACCGAGAGGCCCGUGACGAGAGACAGUGUAGGGCCAAAUACGGACUGGCGUGGGACACCUACUGUCGCCGUGUCCCUUACAGGAUCUUCCCUUAUAUCUACUGAACAGGAAAGCAGAUGGGUGGAAAGGGACCUAAACUGUCUCACAAUAUCCUUGGGACUCUUCAAGUCCAAACUUGGCAAUAACUUGAAAAGAAGUCCAUUUUCAGUUAAACAGACCACAAAUAAUAUCUGGUGCUGUUACUGGGAAUCUACUGGGAGCUCCCAAUUGUAAUCAGCCUUGAUUUGUCAGGCUGCGGUUCACUUACAAAAUGGUGUAUAAUGGAUCAAUAUUUCUAAUUCAUUGAAUUUUGACUUUGAAACCUCACAGGAGUCUAAUAUAGGUACAGUCAGUCUUCAGACACUUGUCUCUUGUUCAGCUAAAAACAUUCCAUCAUAAAAGGCUAAAGCUGUAGUACGUCUGAAAACAGUCUUGGCCUUGUGAUUCUUUAUCUCAUAAAAAUGAGAAUGAGUAUUUUUACCAUCCUUGUAUUUUUACAAUGUCUGCUUUUUUUAAGUGUGUGUAUCUGUGAAAUACAUUUCAAAUAAACAAAACAUAAAACAAAUAGACAGAGAGUGAAUCUCACAAUGAUAUUGUGUUGAUAUGGGGGAGCUCAAAUGUUUGUAUGAAAAUUUAAAUCUGUGCCUUUUUUAUUAAGCCUGUGAAGAUGGCAGCUAAUAGAUGUGUCAGUUUUAAUAACCUUUCCCAACCUGUUAUCAUCGUCCUGUUAAAAUGGAUUCUCUUUCCAGCUUUCAGGCCUCAAUAGCACAAGUUCUCUGAGUCUCUGGGCUAUUCUCUCAUGGCUUCAGCUUGAAUACGCUCUGUUCCAAAAUACUUUGUAGGGACAAAAAGUACAUGGGUUGUAAAUGUCAGUCUGACUCAGGGGCUCCUGAAAAAUAGCCACAGUCAUCAUUCAAGCGUUGCUCUUUCUUGAAGCGUUGAAUCAGCAUGUUGAUUCACUGUGGCAGGUGUUUGUAUUGUUAACGGACUGGUGCAUCACCUUGAAGAAAGUUUUUUUGAAUGGGUGCUUACUAAGUAGUAAAUCUUCCAUGAUGUGAUGUUAUUAUGGCCAUGCAACUUGGUUCACGUGGCAUUUUAAAUGGAGUUUGGCUGUUUAUUGCCCUAUUUAAACAUAUUUAGGCCUCUAUUCUAUUAACAGGCAAUGAAAGAAACAAUUACAUUUCCAAUUAUAAAUCACUUUUUCAUUUACACUGCAAAUAAUAUUUCUCUCACAUUGCAGUGAGGUGUGCACAUACAGAUGAUAGAGCUCUUUCCUGAUGCGCACCUUCAUUUGUUUUUUACCUUUUAAUCCUAUUUACAGUACAGCUGCCCCUGGCCUUGCCUACACAGCACUCAAGCUAUUCUGUGUUGUUUUUCAUACGCUAAGUGCUAAUUAGAAAUGUGCUUGUACUGUAUAAUGCCAUGGUUGUCUACGUGGUGGCUGGAUUCAUGCUGAAUAAUACAUAAUAUUCUAUUUUUUGGGGG